UGGUGCCCUCCCCGCGAUGCCCACGGCCUUAUCUCUGCGCCCCGAGGGCCGCGGGAGGAGCCGCGGGCGCGCCGGGAGAGACUGGCAGUGGCAUGGGCCGGGGGGCCCGGGGCGCGGGCCCGACUAGCCGCUUGCUACCGCUGCUGCUGCUGCUCCGCCUGGCCCGCGGCGCCGCUGGAGAGACGGGCGCCGAUGGUUUAGAUGUCUGUGCCACUUGCCAUGAACAUGCCACAUGCCAGCAAAGAGAAGGGAAGAGCAUCUGUAUUUGCAACUAUGGAUUUGUGGGCAACGGGAGGACUCAGUGUAUUGAUAAAAACGAGUGCCAGUUUGGAGCCACCGUUGUCUGUGGGAACCACACAUCUUGCCACAACACCCCGGGAGGCUUCUAUUGCAUUUGCCUGGAAGGAUAUCGAGCCACAAACAACAACAAGACAUUCAUUCCCAACGAUGGCACCUUCUGUACAGACAUAGAUGAGUGUGAAGUUUCUGGCCUGUGCAGGCAUGGAGGGCGAUGUGUGAACACUCCUGGGAGCUUUGAAUGCUACUGUAUGGAUGGAUACUUGCCGAGGAAUGGGUCUGAGCCUUUCUACCCGACCACCGAUGCCACAUCAUGCACAGAGAUCAACUGUGGCAACCCUCCAGAAAUGCGGCAUGCCAUCUUGGUAGAAAACCACAGCUCCAGGGUGGGUGGUGUGGCUCGCUACGUCUGUCAGGAGGGCUUUGAGAGCCCUGGAGGAAAGAUCACUUCCGUUUGCACAGAGAAAGGCACCUGGAGAGAAAGCACUUUAACAUGCACAGAAAUUCUGACAAAAAUUAAUGAUGUAUCAGUGUUUAAUGAUACCUGUGUGAGAUGGCAAAUGAACUCAGAAAGAAGAAACUCCAAGACUGUAUAUGUGAUAUCCAUAAAAGGACAACGGCUGGACCCUAUAGAAUCAGUUCAUGAGGAGACAGUCAAGUUGACCACAGACAGCAGGACCCCAGAAGUGUGCCUCGCCCUGUACCCAGGCACCAACUACACCAUGCACAUCUCCAUAGCACCUCCAAGGCACUCUGUGCCAGCCGUCAUUGGUUUCCAGACAGCUGAGGAUGAUAUCUUAGAAGAUGAUGGAACGUUCAAUAUUUCAAUAUUUAAUGAAACUUGUUUGAAAUUGAACAGGCAUUCUAGGAAAAUUGGAUCAGAACACAUGUACCAAUUUACCGUUCUGGGUCAGAGGUGGUAUCUGGAUAAUUUUUCUCAUGCAACGUCGUUUAACUUCACAACGAGAGAACGAGUACCUGUAGUAUGCUUGAAUUUGUACCCUACGACUGAUUAUACGGUGAAUGUGAGCCUACUGAGAUCUCCUAAGCCGCACUCAGUGCAAAUAACAAUAGCAACUCCCCCAACAGUAAAACAGACCAUCAGUAACAUUUCAGGAUUUAAUGAAACUUGCUUGAGAUGGAAUAUCAUCAAGGCAGUUGACAUGGAGGAGAUGUAUUUAUUCCACAUUUGGGGCCAGAGAUGGUAUCAGAAGGAAUUUGUUUGGGAAAUGACCUUUAAUAUCAGCACCAGCAGCCAAGAUCCUGAAGUGUGCUUGGAACUGCAUCCAGGGACCAACUACAAUAUCAGUCUCCGGGCUUUGUCUUCGGAACUUCCUGUGGUUGUCUCCCUGACAACCCAGAUAACAGAGCCUCCCCUUCCAGAAGUAGAAUUUUUUAUGGUGCACGGAGGACCUCUGCCACCCCUCAGACUGAGGAAAGCCAGGGAGAAAAAUGGACCAAUCAGUUCAUAUCAGGUGUUAGUGCUUCCCCUGGCCCUCCAAAGUGCAUUUUCUUGUGAUUCUGAAGGCGCUUCCUCCUUCUUCAGCAACACCUCUGAUGCUGAUGGAUACGUGGCUGCAGAACUACUGGCCAAAGAUGUUCCAGAUGAUGCCAUGGAGAUACCUAUAGGAGACAGGCUGUACUAUGGGCAAUAUUAUAAUGCACCCUUGAAAACAGGGAAAGAUUACUGCAUUAUAUUACGAAUCACAAGUGAAUGGAAUAAGGUGAGAAGACAUUCCUGUGCAGUUUGGGCUCAGGUGAAAGAUUCGUCACUCACCCUGCUGCAGAUGGUGGGUGUUGGACUGGGCUCCGUGGCUGUUGUGAUCAUUCUCACAUUCCUCUCCUUCUCAGCGGUGUGAUUACAGAUGGACACUGCCUGGGGAGGAUGCACUGCUGCUGGGGCAGGUGUUCUGACAGCUUCUCAGGCGCCUGCACAGAGGCCCCAUGUGACUUCUAUCCAGGGAGCACGUGAGCCUGCAACUUUCUCCAUUCCCAGCUUGGCCCCAUUCCUGGAUCAAGAUGGUGGCUAUCCCUGUGGGGGUCCCCCAAAAGGAGAAAACUCAAGAAGACUGAGUAUUCCCUACUAUGGGACUAGUUUUGUGCAAUGAACUUGAGACUCCUGAUGUACAGUGUGAUAUUGACCAAAGGCUACAGAUCUGUGGAUCUUGGCUGGGACCUCCUCUGAGAGAUACCUGAGGGUCAGCUCCUCUAGACAUUGACUGCAAGAGAAUCUCUGCAACCUUCUACAUAAGCAUCUCUGUUAAUUCAUUCAGAAUCCAUUCUUUACAAUAUGCAGUGAGAUGGGCUUAAGUUUGGGGGAGAGUUUGACUGUAUGAGGCAGGUCAUUGAAAAACAGAGCAGUCACGUAGGCAAAUGUUUCAAGCACUUUAGAAACAGUUCUUUUCCUACAAUUAGUUGAUAUACUAAUGAGAAAAUAUACCAGUCUGGCCAUGCCAAUAAGUUUCCUGAGGUGUCUGUUAGGCAGCAUUGCUUUGAUGCAAUUCCAAUUGUCCUAUAUUCAAAAGUAAUGUCUGAAUUCCAGUAAAAAUAUCCUGUAA